AUGGCCGACCAAGGAGUGGUCAAACUGGGUCCCAAGGAUCAAAGUCUGUUGUAUUUGCAAAAAGAUGGUAAACACGUGUCUAUUAGUUCUUGGAACGAACAAAAUAGAAUUCUGAAAGUGAGAAAAUAUCGAGAUUUUAGACAUUUUAUUCCUGAGGAAAUUGUAGGCCACCUUCGUCAAGCCGGAUUUUACGAAGCCGCCUUAGCUGGUUCUCUGAAACUAGACAAAGUGUUGAUAUCGACCAUGGUGGAGCGAUGGAGGCCUGAGACACACACGUUCCAUAUGCCGUUCGGAGAGUGCACUAUCACUCUACAGGACGUUGCUCUUCAUCUUGGCUUACCAUUGAUGGGAAUGCUGUCACCGGAGUUACUUGGUGUGAUUGGCGGUGUCGGCCCGAUAGAGAUUAUGUAUGUUGCAAGAGCAAACAUGUUGCGACUAAUUGAUACUUUCUUACUCUGUGACCACACCGGUUCACAUGUUCCUCUUAGAUAUCUCAUUCUCUUACGAGACUUUGAGGAGACCGCAAAGUAUAGUUGGGGAUCAGCCGUACUAACACUUCUCUAUCAUGAGUUGUGUUAUGCAACCGGUGUUGAACGUACAGAGAUUGACGGGUGUGCUUAUUUAAUACAAUUGUGGACAUGGCUAAGGAUUCCAGGAACCGACAUGAUUCCACUACAGUUGGACCCUGGCCUCCCUCUCGCGGCAAGAUGGAGGAACCCGGAGGAACCAAUAAAGUGGGAAAAGAAGCAAAUCGAGUGGUGGCACACCAAAUUAGACGAUCUGAGAUCGAAUGACUUUGUGUGGAUGUCGUACUCUGAUGAUGUUCUCAAUGCUCUUCCGGAACGUUGUCGAGAAAACAUGCAUUUAUGGAGAAUUGUGGUGCCAAUGCCUGUACCGAAUGCAUCAUCUCAACAAAAUGAAAUGCAUGAUAUUUCUUUGAAAGAGAAGGAAAAGCAGAAUUGGGUGCAUAACAUGCGUGGUUUUAUACGGCUGUGGUCGGAGAGGCACCAAAGGUUGGCUAACAAACCCGAGGUUAAUGGUCAUGUUGGGCCAAAUGAAGAGUACAUAAUCUGGUACGACGAGCAUUCCAUUCUUGGCUGA